AUGGCUGUGGGUACAGAACGCCGCGCGAAGAAGACGGCAGCUAGAUUAGAGCACUCGUUGCUUUUACAGCCCCUUCAGGACGCCAUGUCAUUCAACCCCCCGAACCAUAACACUGGGUUUGGGCGUUCCCAUGCCGCCGACACUGCUUCUACACCAAGCCCCACAGAUCGACUCGAGUCCGCCCAUGAUUCUGCGACCGGUCAGGAACCCGCUACCCAACCUCACCAACACUCGAAUAAGAAGAGACGCUCCUCAAAGAGCAAAGUACCGGGAGAGCUCCGCAAGUCCUCAUCAACUCCACACAUGCGCCACUUAGCACUUGGAAACCCUGGUGACCUGUCGCCAACAAGUAACAAACCGAGGAACAAGCUAGGAUACCAUAGAACCUCAGUUGCUUGUGGGCAUUGCAGGCGCAGAAAGAUACGAUGCCUUUUAGCUCCCGACGAUCCCGCAGGCCGUUGCUCCAACUGCAUUCGGCUGAAAAAGGAAUGCAACUUCUACCCAGUUGAGCAUAACCCUGAUAUGCCGCAGCCCCAAACUAUCCCGUCGAAGUCGGGCAGUGCAGUUCAACCAGCUACACCUGUCUCUACUUCACCUCGGCACCCCUUGUCCUCUUCGGGCGAUGCCAUGGGUGAGUUCCGUACACCGUUCUCUGGCCCUGCGUCGAAUGGGCAACCUCCAAGCUUUGGCUAUCAUGGCGACCACGAAAGUGAUCCUCACCAUGCCUCUGUCACCAGCGGCCUCCCAGUACAGCACCCUCCUUAUCCUUAUCCUCCCCCAAUAGAAACCCACUGGCCACCAACGAAUAGUUUCCUGCCUUCAUCCACCGUAGGCGAAAGCCCCACGUGGCGCAAUUCACCUUCAACAGCAAACUCAGCAUACGGCAGCGAAUCGAACGUCUCAGGUGGUCACACACCAGCAGCGAUGAGUACGAGCUCGACGAUGUCCUACGGUCACCAGGACUCUCAUUGGGGCCAGCAACCAUCAUUUCAACCACCAUCACGCUCGAUGUCAUACGGCAACAUCGAAGGACUUCCGCAACAAUACCCAGGACAGGGUCUCGGUAUUCAGCACGAAAACUACCGGAGAACUUCUCCGUAUCCAUAUCCGACUACCAUAGACACAAAUCCUUCCACAAUCCACGCGACCACGAUAGGCGCAUCUACGACUGCGCCAUUAUCUGCACCCGUUGUUCCGAAUCACUCCUAUUAUCCGGCUCCUUGGUCAUCAUACGACGCCAUGCCCAACCAUGGACCGCCAAUGCCUACAGCUGGGCGUUCCAUGAGUGCGCAGUGGUAUGGGGAACCAGGACACCUAGACCGGGUACAGGAGGAGGUUACACCACCAAUGGCGUAUCAUCAUCAGGGGCUACCGCAAUUCUACUCGGGAGCUUAA